GUGACAGAUCAGGUAGUCUGAAUGUUGUCUGCUGAUGUACAUGGCGUGCUUUGACUUUCCUGGGCAAUAAAGGUGGCUUAUUUCACCCUGGAGUAGUGCUUACUACAGCUGUGGGACAGCAGACAAUUCCGUUUCUACUCUUUAAAAAACUGUUGGAUUUCUAUUCUGCUCUAGUGGUGCUUUGACAAGCAUCUAUUUAAACGCUUCCUGAAUAAGUCAAAGAAAAUGACGGAUCUCUCUGGAACGGAGUUUGAGAUCGACGUCGAGGGCCUAGAAACCGAGAGCGAUGAUCAAGCGGUGUUCAACACCAUGAGCGCCGGAGAGAAAGACGCGGGGACCAAAGACGACGACAAACCCAGCCGCGUAAACCUCGGUUGUGGAGACCAGCGGAAGCUGAGCCGCACUCCGAAGUGCGCCCGGUGCAGGAACCACGGCGUUGUAUCUUGUCUGAAGGGACACAAGAGAUUCUGCCGAUGGAGAGACUGCCAGUGCGCGAACUGUCUGCUGGUCGUGGAAAGACAGCGCGUAAUGGCUGCGCAAGUGGCACUGCGAAGACAGCAGGCGACAGAGGACAAGAAGGGGAUAUCUGGGAAGCAAAUAUCAGUGGAAAGACGAAAUAUCUAUCAAAGACACAUGCGUCCAUCCACCAUGCUGGCUAAAAGUAUUUUAGAAGGAUAUCGUCCAGUGCAGACUGACACAUUUUUGGGAGCCAGUUCUGCUCUGCCCCCUCCUCUAAGCGACCGCAUGAGGAAGAGACGAGCCUUUGCCGACAAGGAGCUGGAGACUAUCAUGCUGGAACGAGAGUAUAAAGAACAGGAGCUUCUCGAGUCCAGCCAGUCAGCCACUACCCCGUUCUUCCUCCCAGGCAGCAUGGUCCAUGCUGCUGAGUAUAAUUCCUACAAGACAGCCUUUUCUUCCUCCUCAGCCCCUUCUGCAGUUGAACCUUCUCCCAAGGAUCUCUGCAGCUUCCUGCCGGGCUGUCUCGACCUCUCCCUGCAGUAUGCUGCCUCAGGUGGAACGACGGCAAACUUGGAGCUCAUCUCCUCCAAUGUGAGCGUAGCGACAACCUAUCGCCAGUACCCGCUCUCACCUCGCUUUGUAAUGUGGCCACGGGGCAGCAACAGUAUUAACGAUGCCCUAUUAUACCAGCAGUGUCUCCUAAAUGCCACUGCAGUCCAGAACUUGAAACCUGGAGCUGUUUGGGAUCCAAAGAUGAUGACCUCAACUGAGAGCCAACCACCUGAACAGGAGGCUGCAGUGUCCAGGCUUGAGGGCUCUCGAGUGGCUCCAGAGCCAUCUGACCACCAGCAAGGGCAUGGGGAGGCUCAGACAGGACUUGGCCCGAACGGAAGUGCCCGUUCAGCCUUCUCACCUCCUAAGAGGGUCUAUGGACAAGCUUUUGCAAAUGUGCCCAUACAUCCAGGGUGCCAUGAGCAUGUGCUAAACAACAUGAGCAAAGACACUGCCAAGCAUACACUGUCCAUGAAGCUCAACUCCUUCCAUUCCCUCAAACAACGGACAGUAAAUGACAAAAAUCCAGAGAUGAAUGGGCCGUACUGUAAGGAACUGUUGGAGGAAGCAGCGAAGAAGUUCAGGGAGGGUACAGCCAAAGACACGGUCGGAUUCAAAAACUCUGAAAGAGCGGUAAAGGACAUUAUAGCUAAGCCACGGAGCACCAAGGUUACCCCAAGAGAGUCUCUAUCAUUCUCAGUGGAGGCCAUAUUAAAAAGACCUUCACUAUCUUUAAAUCGGACAUCCCAGUAAGACUUUUUGUUAAAUCAUCUCAAAUGUACAUGCUAAUUUGGGUACUGUUUGUAUAUUUAUUCACACACAUUUAUGGAAAUUGAUAAAGUUGGCAGUGAUCAGUAAUUUAGAGGCAAGAUUGAAAAGCCAUAGUUGUAAUAUAAGCAGCAUUUAAAACAACCUGUGCUGCUCUUUUGACGCUGUAUAUAUAUACAAAUGUACAUACACCAUUUACAACAUGCAUGUUGUACAUUAUAAUACAUCAUAAUGUGUAGAGUAUUUAAAUGUAUAUGUUAAUUUUGCUACUUUCAAAAGUGUCAAU